AUGGCAAGUGCAAGAAGAAAUCUUUUGCUUUUUGUGAUAUUUGUGGCCAUCAAUGGUGUAACAUUGAGGACAGUAAUGGCGGCAACGGGUGGUUAUAAGACGGAUGCCGCCAUAUUCAUAUUUGGGGAUUCCACGGCAGAUGUCGGAACAAACAACCACCUGAAAAACUGCACUGCCAGGGCCGACCACCGUUACCAUGGGAUUGAUUUUCCGUUUUCUAAACCCACCGGAAGAUAUAGUAAUGGCAAAAACGCUGCUGACCAAAUCGCAAAACUGUUGGGGAAUUACAAAAUAAGUCCACCACCUUUUCUCUCUCUACUCGCCACCCAUAAGUCGACCUUCAAGCGCAAUUUACUUCGUGGAGCCAACUUCGCUUCGGCAGGAUCAGGGAUUUUUAGCGCCACGGGUCAACUUUCCUUUCAUAAGGUGAUAUGUUUGGAGGAGCAAAUCCAACAAUUUGCCACAGUUCGUCAAGCUAUCACAGAAUUAUUGGAUUCACCGAAGGCCGUUGAUGAUCUACUUCAAAAUUCAAUAUACAUUCUCAGUAUUGGUAGCAACGAUCUUAUAGAAUUUGAACUCGCGGGUCAACCAGGAGGCCGCGACAAAUUCCUAGCCAAACUCACUGAAACCUAUGCCGAACAUCUAGCGGAUCUAUACGAGCUAGGGGCACGGAAAUUUGCGAUUAUCGAUAUUCCACCAAUCGGUUGUUGUCCGGCUGCACGUGCGUAUAACGCUACUGGUGGUUGUAUGCAAGAUUUGAACGAUAACGCAAGAUCGUUUUAUAGGUCGAUGCAAUCUAACUUGGCACGAUUUAGUCUCGUAUUCAAAGGAUUCAAGUAUUCACUCGGGAAUACCUAUGCAAUGACCAUGAAUGUUAUCGACAACCCACGUGGAAACCGGUUCAAAGAAGUUAAAACAGCAUGUUGUGGAAGUGGACCAUUCAAUGGGGUAACUGGAUGUGAAGUAGGAGCGAAUUUGUGCGCAAAAAGGAGUGAUUUUUUGUUCUGGGAUCAAUUUCAUCCAACCGAAACUGCAUCUGAACUCGCGGCUCUUACACUUGUUUAUGGUGAAGGAAGCGAAUAUGUGACCCCGAUGAAUUUUAGUAGUUUGGCAAUGGCGGCUUGA